CAUAAGAAAAUGGAAGCUUUCCUUCUCCUUUUCUGCUUUCCUUUGGUUAUUUUUUGGUAGCAUAUUGAAUAAUCGCACUUUGAUGCUUUCUCUGAAGUCGUCAAUCGACGGAACAUUAGAUUUUGAAUCGCCUCUCAUUUCUCAUUUCCUGUUAUUCUCACGUCUUUCUAAAAUUCAGAUUGUGUUUCCUUCAUCCGAAUCCUUGAUCGACUGUCAAUUGUUGAUGAGAUAAAUGACCGGGAUUAUAUGGCUAUACAUGAAGUUAUGAAGCACCAGAGUUUAACAAUUGCUACAGCUGGAAUGCAUACAUCCUUGAAUGCUCAGUGCAGCAAAUCCUAUAUAUGAAUCUAGGAAUGCUUUUGAUCAAUGCUGUGCAUUAUAAACAAUAUUAUGGCUAUCAAGGACUCAUGUCAACCUGGAGGUUAUAAGACAGUUAACACGAUACCAUGGCAGUAGAUGGCCCUCCAUUUGAUCCCAGCAUAUCCAUAGAGUGUCUCUGCUUUAUGUUGCUGUUUCGUGAAGACAAAGACAAGAUUACAAACAUUGGUUCUAGAUGACAAUGAAAAUCCUUGCAACUAUUCCAAAAAUAUUGUAUAUCCUAAAAUCUAUCACAAAGUUUGGUAUUAAAAAAACUUUUUUGAAUACACAUUCAACUCCUCAAAUACUAUUUAUUCUACUUUUGCAUUUUUGUCUAUAGUAUUAAAAAUCACAAGGCCAAAGUUAAAACCGCUACUUCAACCGGAAGCCUAUCCGUUAAUCUAAAGAAACCCAAUUGAUUCUCAAUUCACAUCCUCCAAAUCGAGCAUCAAUCUAUCACUAUCUGUCAACGCCACUGGAUCGGAAAUGGCUCCUCCGGAUCUCACCAGAGCAUCUCCAAACACCAACAAACAGAUCGCAUCAAGGAGUGAUUUGGUAAUCCCAUCUCAACCUAAUUUUUUCCCAGUCGAAAACAAUUCACUCAAUUCCAUUUUGCUUUCUUUUGAUUGAUUAAUUAACUCCUAGAUUAGACUAGAUGCUGAGUGUUGUGUUGGGUGUUUGAAUCAUUUUCAUUUUGAUUAAAUAGUUAGUUUUGCUGGUCUGUUAUUCAGACACUCUUGAAGUGAAACUUUGAUUAAUAUUCAUUUUCCCUUGGUUAUUUGUGAGCCAUGAUGAUUGCUAUGUUCUUUGCCUUUUCUUUUUUCCACCAGAAACUCAUGAGAAACUUUGAUUUUCUCCCCCCCCCACCCAACUUUUUUCUUCUGAAAAGAUGGGUUGCAAUUGCAUCAAUUAGUCUUUUUGAUUAAAAAAGGUUUCGUAGGACACAGUUGUCCAUAACUUUGGCCUCAAAUUGGGAAGCCAGUAACUCCUGAUAAUACCAAUGAAAAUGUCCAAUUGUGUGGAGUGUGGUAUGGUAUGAAACCAUUGCAUAUAUAUAUCAAGAACACAUCUUUAUCUUCAUUUUUUGUCGUAUUAGAUAAAUGUUGGGCUGGUUUGAUAGGGGCCCCUAGAGAUUAGAUUUCAACCUCAUAUUCUUUAAGUUGCCUGCGUUCUUUUUAAAACAUUAUUGGUUUUAACAACAAUAAAAUUUUGUAAUAGUUUAUUUUGUUUUAAAUCAGUGGAAAGUUCCUCUUUUUUAGCAAUAUACGAAUCAAACACAGUUGUGGUUAGUUAGAUUGGUCCUUUUACAUCACCAUGUGAAUUGGGAUUUUAACUAUAUAUAGCCAGUUGUAUGUAUUUGGAGGUCCAAGGAAUUACACUUUUGGCAUUAUUCACUGGGUUAGACUGAAAUAUAUAUAUAUAUUUGCUCAUAGUAUAUAGAUUGCUAUGUUCCCUCAUAUUCUUUAAUUCUUUCUCCUUGCCAGGAUCCCAGACAACUUCAAAAGAGCUUUUGUUAUGCACCCCAAUUCAAGAGCUUGAGGUUCCAUCAUAGCUAAGAGAAUGCCAGGUUAUCGUAUCACAAUCAUCAUAUGUAUAUAUAUAAAGUAGUGUUUUUUUGUUGUGGGGCUAAAAAGUAUUCACUGACGUGGCUGGUGACAUAGCUUAUAUGAUGCUGAUUUUGAUCUAAAUUCCUUCCAAAAAUUAUAUUUGGAUUUUCAAUCGUCACCUUAUAAUUGAAUUUUCAAUCGUCUCCUUCUCUUUCAAUUUUGAUAUGCGCGUGAGCUUCUUAUGUUUUUACUGCGCUCAACUUUCUGUUUUUUUCAUGUGUGGGGUCGCACCUCCCUACAAUUAAUGGUGUAACAUCAUCAUUGUCAGUAUAUAUAUAGGAUUGUUCCGAGAAACUGAUGUGAGCAUAUAGUGCAUCGGUGUGGUCAAAUACAUAGAAAUAAGUAUGGCGACUCCCCAAUCUCCUUCAUUGAGGAACAAUAAUACUGAAAAAUGUAUCCCUGUCAAAUGUUUGACACGUGAAUCUGGAAUUUAUAUGAUUAUGGUUCGUGUCUCUCGAUUAUGGGAUGUUUACAACAUGAAGACCAACAAAGAUAUAAAUAGCUUCGAUAUGGUGUGAUUGAUGAAGAGGUAGAAACUUUCUAAUAUUGGACGCUUUCUUUUUCUGUUAAAGUAAAAUGUGUUUUGGUUUAGCAUAUGGCAAUGCAUCUGUUUUAUGUUUUAGGUCUUUUAUAUCCAUGCUACAGUAGAAGGUAGUUAUUCUCAUUUGUUUCGAGGUACGUUUGCUGAAGGCAGUGUGUAUUUUUUCUGUCAUCGGAAAUAAAAAUGGAUAUCGUGUUGUUCCAUGUAGGAUGUUAUUUGGUGAAGUGUCGUGCUCUUUUUUUCUUUUAUCAUCUCUUCCUUUCGUGUCGGAUCGACUUCUCAUCGCAAACUCCAACCAAAACUGCAGAAAGCCAGCUCACCUUCCUUGAUCCGAUCUGCCACAGCCCUUCAUUCACCACAACACUCCAGCAGCGGCAUCCCAUAGCACUCCAAAAAGUCAUUGCCAUCUCACCUUUACAGAUCCCAUCCGCCGCACAGGUCAUCUCCGAAUCCUUAAUUUUUUUCUCUUCAUUCUAUUUAUUGAAUUCCGAAUUUUGGGGUUUUUGUAUCUGUAUAAUAAUACUCCGUAAUAAGGGCCCCUUUAAUUCUCCUCAACAGCAGAAAGCUCAUUCUCAUUGAGUUUGCAUAUGCAGAGGAUAAAGGUAAAUCUACAAUUGCGAUUUCAAACCAAUAGUUUGUAAAGAUUUUAUUGUAAUUUUUUUUACACAUAUGGUUAACAAAGAAGGGUAAGGAGAAGAGGAGAAGGGUUAAGACUCAGGGUUUCAUUGUUCUAAUCUUAUUCAUGGUUAAAUGCUUAGAAGAAUUAUAAGGUUAGUAAGAUAACAUGCAUCUUUGAUGAAUGUUGGCAACAAAAUUGAAAAGCUUCUCUGUUGCUUUGAAGCAUUUGAGAAUUUGAACAUUUCCAAAUGAAAUUUAUAUACUUAAAUAAGUAAACGAAGGGCUAAAUUUCAUGAUAAGGUGUAUUUUUAUGUUCUUUUAGUCAUGUUACAUAUUGUUUUAUGUUCUCAAGCUCCUUGAAUUUCUCAUGUAUACUCGCUGAUUUUUUUCCUAAUAUUGUUUUAUGCUCUCGAGGUCUAUUUUCUAAUAUCACAACUGAAGACGUGAGGGACUACAUGAGAAAGACUAUAUUCAAGAAGUGAAAUGUUUGAUGAAUUAUGUUUAUAAUUGCAAGUGGCUUAUCCUUUGAACUUAAUACACAAAUAUGCUUUAAUUCAUCCAACCAACAAAGGUCUGGUUGCUAUUUUCUCAGAAUAUUAUGGACCAAAUGAAUACGAGAUGUAAUAUCUUAGACAUUUUUUUCUAUUUAAGGGACUAUAGCUUGGCUUGAUUUUUUCACUAAUCUUCCCCUGAAGCUAUAAAGAAGGCUAUAACUCAAUUGGGACUGUGCACGGGUGAUAUUGACCCUGAACGCAGAUGCCACAUUGAUGUCAAGUACCUGCAAGAUGUUCUUUGGUGUCUAGUUCUAUGGACGGAAAGAACUGGGAGAUUGGAAUGACGUCGGAUAUUCUCUUACAAGACGCCGCCAACCCCUUUUCUCUCUCGCCGUUCUUCAAUCGGGAACCAGAGACACACCAACGCCGGCCAACGAGACACCCACGGCGAGUUGACAUGGUCCACGGCGACCAAGCUCCGGCGAUUUGCUGUUUUUGGAGCUUGAUUUUGAAUAUUCGAAGGUCAACACAUGGCAGAUUUUGUUCAUUUGCGAUCCUCUCUGGUUAAUUCGUGUUGGUCCAAGCAAUUUUGAAGGCUACAUCUCUGAAUUUCAGGGUGUUUUGAGCUCCCUUUCACGAUUUCCUUGAUGAUUAUUUGCCAUAAUUUUUUCAAGCAUUAGAGAGGAAUGAAAAAUCACACUAGAACCAAGGACUCAGAAAGGAGUUAUUGGGUUUCUGCCGGCAGGCUUUUAUCUGACCUACCACUGUGAAUUUGGUCUUUGAUUGGUGGUAUUAAGGAUCACCUGUUGGUGUUAACUCUUAAGGGACUUAAGGGACCUGACAGUUUCAGGAAUUUGGAGAAGGCACUAAGAAGAGUAUUGCAUGAAGAGCCUGAUAUUCAUGGGUCAUUUUUUCGGUUUCGGCCAUGCCAUUGAAUUCUAGGGACAGGCCCUGGGCAAAAGCCUGUGUAACACCUAAAAUCUGAGCGGGAAGAGGAUUGCGUAGCCGAAGCAGGUUCUUGAAUCAAUACCAUUCAAGAACCUCCAUAACAGAGAAUACCAUGGCCACAAGAAGAAGGUUCAUUCUGUAGCGUGGAAUUGCAUUGGCACUAAACUAGCUUCAGGAUCGGUUGAUCAAACUGCUCGUAUUUGGCAUAUUGAUCCCCAUGGUCAU